AAACAUAACAUAAAAUUUUACAAUUAACCUUCUAUCGUUAAUCAUAUUGAAAUUACAAAUUUGCCCUCAUCUUCUUCGUCUUGCCUCAUCUCUUUUAGAUUGUUUGGUCUUCUGCCACCACCAUCAUCCCACCAAAACCUAGAAUUUCUUCAAUUGAACUAAAACACAAUUAACCCAAAUUUUGGUUUCCAAACCCAUAGAUUACUCAACGUCCACCAUAGAUUUCAUUGUUAAGACUAAAAAGAAAUUAAAAAACACAUUUUAGUUGCAAAUCUCCACAACAAUUUUUCCAACAAAUUACCACAUUAAUGUCUCUUUUUUUUGUAAGAGCCUAUUCUCGGCAAAUUCCAUGGCUUCCAAAAAUUAUGUCCAAUCCUCAAUCCCUCAUUUUGAUGGUCAUCAUUACAACCAUUGGAGUAUGUCGAUGGAGAAUUUUCUCAAGUCCAAAGAGUAUUGGAUAGUUGUUGAAGCUGGAGUUCCAAAACCAGUGGCAGGUGCAGAUGAUGCACAAAGGGCAGAAAUUGAGAAGGAAAAGUUGAAAGAUCUCUAUGCUAAGAACUAUUUGUUCCAAGCCAUAGAUCGGGCUAUUUUGGAAACAAUCGUUAAUAAGUCUACUGCCAAGACUAUUUGGGAUUCCAUGAAGAAAAAGUAUCAGGGGAAUGAAAGAGCAAGGAUGAUGGCAAUUGCAAACAAAAUGAGGAUCCAUGGUGAAAAUUUGAAGGAUGUUGCCAUAGUUGAGAAUAUCCUUUGAUCCAUCACAAUAAAAUUCAAAUAUGUUGUUUGUUCAAUUGAGGAGUCAAAUGAUAUUGAGGCACUCUCCCUUGAUGAGUUGCAGAACUUGUUGUUAGUUCAUGAGCAAAGAUAAACCGUCAAGAGAAGCAAGAAGAAGCAGUGCAGAUUUCGCAGACGCAAGCCUUGUAGACCAUAGUUAAUUUAAGGGUUGUAGGUCAAGAAAAAGGAAACUAAAAAGGCAAAUCAAGAUCUUGUCAAUUA